AUGAACAAGCUAACUCUCUUAAUUGCCUUUAUAGUUUUUGCAUCAUAUGCAAAUGCUUAAUGCGCUGCUAAUGCUCAAGGAAAUUUAGGUUCUUGUAUGUGCAAUCAAGGAUAUUAUGGUGUUAAUGCUGAAAAUGGAGGUACUUGUAAUUAGUGUCCUACUGGAACUACUACUGCUUCUCCUUCUUUAUCAGCUGGUGGUAAUACAAAUGCCAGUGCUGAUUUAAGUGUCUGCAACUAAUGUUAAGCUAACUAAUACAUGACUGCUGCAGCUGCCGCCGCUUCUAAUGGUAAUGCUGCCACUGCCGCUUAAUGCUCUAACUGUCCCACUGGAACUGGAAACAACGGAGUAUAAAGCUAAGGGGAUGUUUCUUAAUGCAAUAUCUGCUAAGCUAAUUAUUACUAAACUGCUGCUGCAGUUACUGCUUCUAAUGGAGUUACUGCAGCUGCUGUUACUUGCUAAUCUUGCCCUAACGGAAGUACUUCUGCUGCUGGUGCCGCUUAAUAAGCUAGCGAUUGUUAAUCUAAUUAAACUACAAGCUCCAAUAUUUUAUUAAUAUCUUUAUCUGCUUUAAUCUUAUCAAUAUUUUGA